AUGAAAGCUUCUUCGGACAAAUCCCUUCCGCCCACCAGCAUUGCAGAAUACAUCAUACCAAUUCCAGACGUAGACAAAAGAAGAGGUGACCUCAGAAACAUCAUUGGGGUUAUCCUUCAGAGAAAUAAUGAGGGCAUUUACAAAGUUGGCACCAAACAUGGUGUAUUGCAAAAUUUAUAUUGCAGAACUGAAUUCGAUAUUUGCAUUCAGAAAUUUUUAAAAGUGGGCUGGGUCAAACAAGAUAUGGAAAUAUCGCUGAGAACUAUAGCCGCUAAAUAUUCGGUUGGAUCAGGCCAAGGAUUUGUAAGGUGCAGCUGCGUAAUGAACUUUUUAAGAAAUAGAUGA